AUGCGGUCAAGUUCCAGUGGCGGCGUAGCGGAAGCCCCGGGCCGCGGGUCGCGGGUGCUGGUGGUGGGCGGCGGCAUCGCGGGUCUGGCUGCCGCGCAGAGUCUCUGCCGCCAUCCGGCCUUCUCGAACGUGCGGGUCCUGGAGGCCACCGCCCGCACCGGCGGCCGCAUCUGCUCGGAGAGAAAAUUCGGUGGUGUGGUGGACAUGGGUGCCCAGUGGAUCCACGGACCUUCCCAAGGCAACCCGGUUUUCCAGCUGGCUGCCCAGUAUGGGCUGCUGGGGGAGAAAGAGCUCUCCGAGGAAAGCCAGCAGUUGGAGGUGGGGGGACACCCGGGCCUGCCCUCCGUGUCCUAUACCAGCUCAGGCCGCAGCGUGAGCCCGGAGCUGGUGGUGGAGAAGCUAUUCUAUGCCCUGCUGGACCAAACGCGGGACUUCCUGUAUUCGGCCCAGACCCCUGUCCCCAGCGUGGGCGAGUUCCUCAAGCAGGAGCUCAGCAGGCAUGUGGCUGACUGGCCUGAGGACCAGGACACCAGGAAGCUCAAGCUGGCCCUCCUCAACAGCCUCUUCAACCUCGAGUGCUGUGUGAGCGGCACCCACAGCAUGGACCUGGUCGCUCUGGGGCCCUUCGGAGAAUACACCAUGUUUCCUGGGCAGGACUGCACCUUCAAGGGGGGCUACGAGGGACUUACGAGCCGCCUGGCAGCUUCCUUGCCCAGGGACGUGCUGAUCUUCAACAAGCCAGUGAAGACUAUCCACUGGAACGGGGCCUUCCGGGAGGAGGCGCUGCCUGGGGAGACACUGCCCGUGUCAGUGGAGUGUGAGGACGGGGACUGCUUCCUGGCCCACCACGUCAUCCUCACGGUGCCCCUGGGCUUUCUGAAAGAGCAUCUGGACACCUUUUUCCAGCCGCCGCUGCCUCCCGGGAAGGUGGACGCCAUCAGGAAGCUGGGCUUCGGAACCAACAAUAAAAUCUUCCUUGAGUUUGAGCAGCCCUUCUGGGGUCCGGACUGCGAGAGCAUGCAGCUGGUAUGGGAGGGCUCAUCGCCGCUGGAAGCUGCCGGGCCUCAGGCCCCUGACGCCUGGGUCAGGAAGCUCAGUGGCUUCCUGGUCCUGCCCCACUCUGGGUCUGGACAUGUCCUCUGUGGGUUCAUCGCAGGGCUGGAGUCCGAGUUCAUGGAAACCCUGUCUGACGACGAGGUCCUACAGUCUCUCACCCAGGUCCUUCGGACGGUGACAGGGGACCCCCAGCUCCCUGCCCCCCGGAGUGUGCUGCGCUCUCGCUGGCACAGUGCCCCGUACACCCGGGGAUCCUACAGUUAUGUGGCCGUGGGCAGCACUGGGGAGGACAUUGACCUGCUGGCCCAGCCCCUUCCUGAAGCCAGCGUGGACGCCCAGCUCCAGAUCAUGUUUGCGGGGGAAGCCACACACCGGACCUUUUACUCCACCACGCAUGGGGCGCUGUUGUCGGGGCAGCGGGAGGCCGAGCGGCUCAUCAACCUGUAUCAGGCUGCAGAGGACCAGCCACCCCAAGCCUGAGCCCCUCCUAGGCCCUUUUUACUGGCACCCCGCUGAGGAUGCCCCAGGUUGAGAUAGGGAUCUCCCCCCCUACCCCUAGACUCAGCUGUUCUCAUUCCUCCUGCCUGUCUGGAAGCUGUGGACUGAGCCCCAGCAUGGGCACAGGUCUCCUGGAGGUGGGGACACAAAAAGUUGUGCAAACAUAAAGAUGCCAAACUGCUGCCCACUCA